UCGAGCGCCAUGACGCCGGGCGCCUGGCUGGCGGCGGCGCUGCUGACGGGCGUCGCGGCGCGCUGCCCCCACCACGAGGCGCUCGCAAGGCUGGACGCGGAGAGGUUCACAGGGCUGUGGAACAUCAUCAAGGAGUCUGACAACCCUUUGGCGGGAGCUGGCGGGAGAGCCAAGUGCAAGCACAGUAUCAUCAGCAUCCCUGGUCCAGAGACUGACUCCGACCUGCAGGCCAGGACGCUCACCUAUAACUCUACUUCCAGAAGCUAUGAUGAGACACGCCUUAGCCUGAAGAAAAUGAAGACCAAUCACAACGAUGGAAAAUAUGACAUAUUAUUCAGCGAGUUCAAUGGUUUUACAGCGCGCUACUACGUCGUGGACACGGACUACGACAACUACGCGGUGGUCUGGCUCUGCUACGUCGGGAUCGACGCGGAAGAGGUCAUAGAAUACACGGCGGUCCUGUCGCGGAGGAAGUCGCCGAGAGGUCCACACCUCUCCUCGGCCUACAAGCUCCUUCCGCGCGGCCACUAUCGCUCUGUGGACCAGCAGACCUGUCCGUGGACCAGUAGUCCCCGCUCCUAGGAGACCUAGUCCACCCGCCCGCUCCUAGGAGGCGCCUCUACUGCUCCUUGGACCAGGAAUCCCUGCACCUAGGAGACCUAGACACCCUGUUACCACUCACCACCUCCGGCUAGCUCAGAACUAGGUGAUGAGUGUACAUACAGGUUGGUAGCAGGUCACGAAGAAAUUUAUACGCAAUGUUCGAUGUAUAUGCCUGUUUUUUUUUUUUUCGUUUCACGUAAAAAUCACACUAUAUUCCGCGCAACAGAAAAAUAAAAAUUAAAUGCAUAUUAAAAAAAAAGUUAUACCCGGAGCCUGACUUUACAGCCUUCCUUCCCUUUGUGCGGGCAGUGUCCUGGGCUCGCUGACGUAAUGCUCAGCCAAUCACGCCGCAUGGCAACAAAAACUUCCACGAAAUGCUUACUUCUGUUCCCACGACGCAGCUAUUUUUUCCUAGCUAGCUAGGCGUGUGAAACAAAGCCUCGGUCGUGGAGAGAAAAACGAAGGAGAAUUACGUCAGCACGUCUUCCCACACAAAGAAGCCAGCAAAAAAAAAAAAAAACUUCAAAAAUAAACUUAUGCAUUUAAAAAUUAAAAAAAAAAAAACAAACCCGGAGAAUUACGUUCACAAUAACUUAUAAAAAGAAAAA